AUGUCUGCUCAAGCACCUCACCCUACUCUGCUCAUUCCGGGCCCCAUUGAGUUCGAUGAUGCUGUCCUUCAGUCCAUGUCCCACUAUGCCGAGAGCCAUGUUGCUCCUGGCUUCGUCAAGACCUUUGGAGAGACACUGUCGAUGGUCCGGAAACUUUUUCAGUCCACCAACCCCGCAGCACAGCCCUUUGUGAUUUCUGGCAGUGGUACAUUGGGAUGGGACUUUGUCGCUUCCAACCUGGUUGAGAAGGGCGAGAAUGCCCUGGUUCUGCACUCCGGCUACUUUGCCGACUCAUUUGCUGCUUGCUUGGAGACAUACGGCGCCAACGCUACACAACUCAAGGCACCCAUUGGUGACCGUCCAUCCUUCGAGGCAAUUGAGCAGGCACUGAAGGAGAAGCCGUACAAGAUCAUCACCAUUACCCACGUCGACACAUCCACCGGUGUUCUCAGCGACGUCAAGCGCGUGACCGAGAUUGUCCGCCGCGUCAGCCCCCAGACUCUUGUUGUCGUAGACGGCGUGUGCAGUGUCGGCUGCGAGGAGAUUGCCUUUGACGAGUGGGAUCUGGACGUAGUCCUAACCGCCAGUCAGAAAGCGAUCGGCUGCCCUCCCGGUCUCAGCAUCCUCUUUUUCUCUGGCCGCGCAAUUGAGACCUUCAAGGCCCGCAAGACCCCUCCCGCAUCCUACUACUCCUCCCUAGCCAACUGGCUCCCUAUCAUGCAAAACUACGAGAACCUGAAACCUUCCUACUUUGCUACCCCCUCCACCCAACUCAUCCACGCCCUCCACACCACCCUCUCCCAGAUCACAUCCCGGCCGAUGAGCGAGCGCUUCGCCGCCCACCGCCAGGCCUCUGACCGCGUCAAGGCCGCCGUCGCCGAGCUCGGCCUGCAGCAGCUGGCCUCCAAGCCAGAGAACCAGGCACACGCCAUGACUGCCAUCUGGCUGCCCGAGGGUCUUGCACCACCAGAUGUCCUUCCAGGCCUGCUGAAGCGCGGUGUCAUCUUCGCUGCGGGUCUGCACAAGGAGGUCGCUACCAGGUACAUCCGUUUUGGCCACAUGGGUGUUAGUAUCACAGACCCUGCUCGCGGUGAUGUCGACAAGGCCAUCACUGCCCUCAAGGAAGCCAUUACAGAUGCGAAGCAAGCCAAGGGUCUGUAA